AUGGACUUCAUCAGUGAGGCACCGGCUUCUCAAAUCGUUAUGAGUGAUUUUGAUUGUCAUUGCUGCCCACAAACCGGACCUUGCCCUUGCGUUGGUGUAUCAUCCUCCUGGCUUUUGUCCCGGACAGGAUAUUUGGAGAUGGCGCGUAUUGACUUGGAUGAGCCCCUGCUAGCGACGCUCAAAGACAAAGUUGUGGUCGUAACUGGAGGAUCUAAUGGCAUUGGAAAAGCAGGAGCCAGAAUCGUCUUGGGGCACAUCUCGACCGAGCGAGGCCUGGAACUUGAAUCCAAGCUCAACUCACCCAAUGUUUGUUUUGUGCUGUGCGACGUCUCGUCUUAUCAGGAUCAGCUAGCUCUUUUUGCAACGGCGAAAUGUAGGUUUGGCCAUGUUGACAUUAUUAUCGCCAACGCCGACAUCACCAUUGCUAAAGACCCCUUCACGCCCGGGGCUAAUCUAGAGCAAGAACCUUCGAUGAAAGAGCUCGACGUCAAUCUCAAACGAGCAUUCUUCACUGAGAGGACCGGAAUAGCUUACCUCCGUGAGAACGACGGAGUUGAUCUCAUCCUCGUCAGCAGCAUUGCAGGGUUUAAAGAAUCUCCUGCCCUGACCCCUUAUCUGGCGAGCAAGCACAGGAUUAUCGGUAUCUUGCGUGGUAUUCGCCUGACCGCAAUCAAAGGAAGCAUUCGAGCGAGCACGAUAUGCCCUCGAAUGACAAGUGAGUCUCUGAAAACCAGUGUGUUGGUAAUCAGUACGAAGGCUGAUGUUAUGGCUGACGCAGAGACAGUGAUGGUCAAGGGAGUCCAGAAGGACUGGGAGGAACUCAAGUUGCCUACGAACGAACUGUCUGAGGUUGUCAACUCCUUCCUGAUCUGCGCCACUCCGAAUCGAGGAUCUUCGGGGUCCUCGCAUCCAGGCGCAAAACUUCAUUCUCAUGGGGCAUCUUAUACGCGGCGGGCGGUAAGUCAUACGAGAUAG